AUGGACGUGUUCCCUCUCUCACCUGACUUUGAAUUCGAGGAUCCAUUCGAGACUACCGAUGGACUUAACGAUUUUGAAGAGGGUGACGAUGAGCGUCUGUCUUGGGUUGAUCAGAAAGUAAAAGAGAUCACCGCGGCCGAGCUUCAGGAUUUUGCUCAACUGAUGGACGAAUUUGCCAAAGGGUUCGAUCCCGACUCCCUUGCUCGAGAGAUCAUGGCUACGCUACCACUGCUCGAGGAAGAUCUGUUCCCCAGCUCCUUCGCCCAUCUCUUGAUCCUCCUUCUUCAGACCGACGGCAAGAUCGAAAUCGCCCAAGUAAAGCUAGUUCGGUGGCUGCGUGCUCGUUAUCCCAUUGCUUUAUGUGAGCCAAGCGAGACUCAACUGGUCGAUGAGACGUUCUUCAUGUCCGAGAUUGAGAUGCUGAGACGGCUGCUGUCGACCUUGCGUGGAGACGACGACAAGGCCAUAUAUUGGAUCAACUGCAGGCCCUUUGAGAUUGGCAAGUCCUGCGAGAAACUUGAAGCAUCCAUCAAGGUGAUUAGAGCCUUUGAGCUUGACAUGCGGUCUGCAACAGAGGAGAUUGACGAGGAAAGACAUUUCUAUAACGAUCUCCCUGUCUGUAAUGAGCGCACUGUGCUGACAAGCAUGAGGGCACAGCGGUGCGACAGCUCUCGCGCAUCCAUUGGCUGGAACAAUUAUCUGUCAUCUGAGAUCGAGCUCACAAGGUUCCACCAGUAUUUCAAACGCCAUGUCAUGGAGCAUGACCCCGAUAAGGCUCGUGGAUUUGGAUGGCUGCCACCAGAACAUAUCAGGGUUCCUCGCUCGUCCUCUACCAAUGUUGAUCUUGUCGAUGUGUCUGAUUGGCCUCUGAACGAUCAUCAGAAAAAAAUCAUGAGUCUGCUGUUCAAGGUUGCUCAGUGGCUUGGUCUAGCGAGAGGACUUGCGGCCGUCCAUCUCUUUUGUGACGUUGCUCGUAACUUUACCAUCCACAACCCCUCCGAGAAUCCGAGUGCCAGCUACAUCCUCUUCAUGCAGAAACUUGCCGAGGCCAGACUGUGCCCCAGCUCGAUUAAAUCCCAGAUCCCGACCCCGUUUCCCUACGACGACGAGGUCUACGCGGACCGCAACCCGGCCUUCUUUAUUGAUGUCUUCAGAUCUGCCAAAAGCUUGGUGUGCUGCCAGGUCGAGAUGGCAUCUUUCUUGAAGAAGAAGAGCGACAAGAAGAAGCAGGGCUAUCCCAACCACCGCACCUCUGGUGGCCAAUCUUCCAAGGGCAUGCGAAUUCGUAUGAUCACUGAAUUCCCCGAAAUCCAUGGAUCUCUUGCUGGUGCUUGGGAUGGCAAUCGCAAGGUCAGUCUACACAGGAGAUAA